AUCCCCGGCCUCCCGCCCCCGAUUUGCCGCCUCGGGAUCGCGCUGCCUCCGCCGUCGAUCGAGGGGCGCGCGCGCGGGGGGCGGAUUCGAGCAGCUAGGGAGGGGUUCGGUGCCCGCCGCGGCCGCCGCCCUAGGGUUUUUGGCCAUGGCCGACAAGGGCUGCCUCAAGCGCCUCCAGAAGGAGUACCACGCGCUCUGCAAGGAGCCGCCGCCGCAGAUCGUGGCCCGCCCGCUGCCCAACGACAUAUUGGAGUGGCACUUUGUACUUGAAGGAAGUGUGGGCACACCCUUUGAAGGUGGAUAUUACUACGGAAAGCUCAAAUUUCCAUCAGAUUACCCUUUUAAACCUCCAAGUAUUAGCAUGACAACCCCCAGCGGCAGGUUUGCCCCUCACAAACGGAUAUGCCUAUCAAUGAGCGACUUUCAUCCAGAAUCUUGGAAUCCAAUGUGGUCUGUAGCAAGCAUUCUAACAGGGCUGCUAUCAUUUAUGAUGGAUGAUGCUCUGACCACCGGAAGCAUCAGGAGCACAGAUGGAGAGAAGAAGCGUCUAGCAAAGGCUUCCCUUUCUUACAACUGUGAGAGCAAAAAUUGCCCACACUUCAGGAAAUUAUUUCCUGAGUAUGUGGAGAAGUACAACCAGCAGCAAGAAAUGGAGCAAACUGCAGCGGAGCCAGAGCCACAGGAUAACCCUGCUCCAGCUCCUCCUGCUGUCCAGGAAGCCGCAGCUUUGGUGAACAAUGUAGGAAAACCAGUGGUAGAGGGCCGGGGCGAAAAGAAGCAGAAGACGAGACUGCCCUUUUGGCUGAUGGUGCUUAUCGUGUCUGUAUUUGGCGCGGUGAUGGCCUUGCCCCUGAUGCAACUUUGACGGUAAAAAGUCCAAUAAAAUUGUGACGGUGGGGCCGUAAUUUUGUAUAGCUUUCUCUUGGUUUGUGCAACUCAUUCAUCCGUGGAUUACUACCUUGUGAUGAACUUGUGAUGGUGAAGUCUGUAGAACCGUAUUCUCACUUGUCGAGAAACUCUACAAGCUCCUUUAUUUGAGUA